AUGUCCCACGUCCCACCAACCGAGUCCAUUCCCAAACCAGAAGAACCUAAAGAACCACAACAGUCUCCUCAGCAACCUCAGUUCCAGCAAUUCCAAUCUCAAUCCAAAUUACUACCAAUUUCCACCUCAAGGUUACUACCAAUUUCCACUACAAGGCUUCCCGAACUACCCUCCUCAGCCUAUGCCUUACUUCCCCAACCCUUGGAUGUUCCAGCAAUUCCAAUCUCAAUACAAAUCGAAGAGAGACCAAGAGUUCGAAGAAGGUCUGAACCGCUUACGCAAAGAGUAUGCUACAGCUCCAAUUGA